AGCCAGCCAAGGUACAGGAGCCCGUUUCCCAUCAUCGACGACUUAACUCGCUAGCCGGCGACUAAAAAUAAAAUAAAACAAAAAGAAGAAGAAGAAGGAAAGGGAAAACCCCCUCUUGAAGUCCAAAUCACGUCUAGAACACGCGCUUCCCAUCCUCGCGCGCGCGCGCGCGCAGAGCGAGCCGAACCAUGAACCCCGCCGUCCCGGCCGACCUUCACCAGCCCACAAUCGACGCCCUGGUCCCCGUCCUCCAGAUCCUCGACGGCUUCAACCACCGCAACAAAAACCAGCACCGUGUCGCCCGCUGGUGGUCCCAGUUCGACCUCCUCCGCCGCUCCGUCAGACGUCUUCACGACGCCCUCGAGGCCCGCGUCCGCCACAACCACGCCCAGAGCUUCAGGGCGCCCUCGAAGAGAUUGGCCGGCAAGGUCAGCGCCGGCGCCCGCACCGGCAACGGGGACCGGCGGGGCGAAGCGUUUGGCGAGGACGUCGCCAACAGGGCGCGGCUAUUGCUCGACACAGCCAUCCCAUCGUCAUUUUUAGCCUUCAGUCAGUUGGCCGCAGAUAGCCAGCAUGCCGCCCUAGGCCUGGUUUUACUGGGCGUUCUGGCCCGUAUAAACUCUGCUAUUGCUCCCUUGAUCCCUCGACAGCCCAAGGGAGGUGAUGCAAUGCUGCCCAUGGCCAACUCAUCGACGAGCCAUCGUGAUGCGGUCACGGCCAAGGAAGGCCAGAUGAAUCCAGAGUCAAUGGGUCUCGGCGUGGCCAUCUCCCGAGACCAGAUGAAGCUGAUCGCUAAAACCCCAGGUCGCCGUCCAACAAUGAAAGAGGACGCCAAGGCUGUCGCUAUAGCGCCCAUUGCGAGCAAAAAGAAACGCAAGCUGGUUGAUGCCCCCAUCACCGAGCCGGAACCCAGCAGACGGGUCAAGGAAACAAGGUCGGAGAAGAAGCCUAGCAAGAAGAAGUCAAAAAGGGGCGAUGAGUUUUCGGAUUUGUUCAGUUCGCUCAUGUAGAACUACCCGUGUAUAUAUUCCAACCCAAUUCGUGUAAAGCU